AGAUCCGAUCACACAGAGUCCGGAAGUGCCCAACCCUACGAAUUACUAAACAAAAGGAAAGAAAUAACCCACUUAAAACUUAGAUCCAAACGAGGACAAUAAUACCACUUCUUAAUUCAUUUUCUUCAAAUCAAAUUAGAUCUCCAGAUUCUUAAUAAUUUUGUUUACUUUAAUCAAAACAAACAGAAUCAAAUACCCAGAAAACGUCAAAAAUGAAACCUAAACAAUUCAGUUUCAUUAAAUCAGUCUCACUCACCUAAGAGUCACACUCACAAACCCUCUCGUUGAGACAUCAAAACAAUCGAAAACCCAAUCAAAAACAUCCAGAGAAAGAUCCAAAAAUGUCAUCAAAAUCAGUUUUUGUAUCAAACCCAUUACUCAAUCUCUCUUCUCCUUCAAAAAAAUAUGAUCUUUGUAACUUCAAGACCCCCAUUGUAGCUAUAGCAACUGGUAAAAGACCACCAUCAGUAUCAACAGCAGCAGUUCCUGAAACAAAUACAAAAACAAAAAUGAAUCUUGGGUUUAAAAGUCUGUUAGAUACAUUUUGUAUAGAUGUACAAAAAGCAGAAGGGAGACCAUUAAAUGUUCCAUUGAUUGCUCCAUUUACAAUUGCAACAUCAAAACUUGUAAAGGUUGAGAAUGUUGCAAUAAGGGUUGAAUUGAAUAAUGGAUGUGUUGGUUGGGGUGAAGCACCUAUUCUUCCUUUUGUUACAGCUGAAGCUCAAUCAACUGUACUUGCUAAAGCUGCUGAAGUUUGUGAGUUUCUUAGAUUGAGUAAGCCAAUGAGACUAAAUUUCCUUCUUAAUGAAAUUCAACAACUUCUCCCUGGACAUCAAUUUGCUUCUGUUAGGGCAGGACUUGAGAUGGCAUUGAUUGAUGCAGUUGCAACAAGCAUUGGUGUACCACUAUGGAGAUUGUUUGGUGGUGCAUCGAACACCAUUACAACUGAUAUAACAAUUCCAAUUUGUUCUCCAGAUGAAGCUGCCAAAUUGGCUUCAAAGUACCGUAAACAAGGAUUCAGCACCUUGAAGCUUAAGGUUGGAAAGAAUCUGAAUGCAGACAUAGAAGUUCUCAAAGCCAUAAGGGUUGCUCACCCUGAGUGCUCAUUUAUAUUGGACGCCAAUGAGGGAUAUACAUCCUCUGAAGCCAUCAAAGUGCUUGAUAAGUUACAUGAAAUGGGUGUAACCCCGAUUCUCUUUGAGCAACCAGUUCACAGGGAUGACUGGGAGGGUCUAGGUCACGUGACUCAGGUUGCCAAGCAAAAGUAUGGGAUAUCUGUUGCUGCAGAUGAAAGCUGCCGAAGCUUGGUUGAUGUUGAGAAAAUCAUCGAAGGAAACCUAGCUGAUGUUAUAAACAUCAAACUUGCAAAAAUUGGGGUUUUGGGGGCUCUUGAAAUUAUUGAGCUUGCAAGGAAAUCAGGCCUGGACCUCAUGAUUGGUGGCAUGGUUGAGACUAGACUUGCCAUGGGUUUUUCUGGUCAUCUGGCCGCUGGUCUAGGGUGUUUCAAAUUCAUUGAUCUUGAUACGCCUCUUCUACUUUCCGAGGAUCCAGUUGCUGAGGGUUAUGAAGUUUCUGGUGCUGUUUAUAAGUUCACUAAUGCCAGAGGUCACGGCGGCUUCCUUCACUGGGACAGUAUUGCAUGAUCACAGUCAUAACAGAGACGACAGUUGCAGUAUACUAAGAUACAGAAAACGUUGUCUCUGUGAGGUUGUUGAAUUCAAUUUGAAGUACGGGUUUGUCUAUUUAUUUAUAUGUAUGUAAUGAUAUGCACAAACAUGAUAACAAAUCUCCAGUUUAUAAUGCAAUGGAUUAGAGUUCAGAUGGGUA